AUGGCCCCUGACAGAGGAAAGAAUGGGCAGGCACUGACACAGCCGGGCAAGCUGCAGCUGGCAGCAAUGGCAUCCAUCCCAGGGCGCCAGUCCACGUCCUGGCUCCUCCGCUUCUCGUCCAACAACCUGCUGAUCGACCGGACGAAGAAGCGGUUUGUGGGACAGCCAGGGCCGGAGGACAAGGAGAAGAUCAAGGCCGAGAGUGGCCGUGGCGUCCGCGGCUCCUACAAGCGGGACCUCCCCUCCGGGAAGAUGCUGGAGUCCAGCGGGCGUCGUUUCCCACCAGCACUGCGACUCCUGGAGAAGAGGCGGGAGCUGGCGGAUGUGGACUGGAGCCUGCGGGACCACAGGGAGGAGUUCCAGACCAGGAUGGCGGCCCUGGAGCAGCGCCGUGAACGGCUGGAGCAGAAGGAGCAGGCGCUGAAGGCGUCCUUGGUGCGCUCCGACCAGUUCCUGCAGGAGGCCGAGGCCCGGCGCCGCCUUGCGCUGCAGAGGGCGGCUCAGGAGCGGCUCCAGGCGGGCCGCCGGGAGGCGGAGGCGCUGCGGCUGCGGGCCCAGCUCGAGGAGCUGCGCGGGGAGCGGGAGCGGCUGCAGCGCCGGCUGCAGCGCCUGGAGCCCUGCGCGCACCUGCUGGGGAAGGUGUUGGAGCACCUGCCGGAGUUCCAGGAGGUUCCAGAGCUGGUGGCGCGCUGGGACGGCCUGGCCGACUCGCAGGCGGCGCUGCGGCUCGCGGAGCGGGAGCGGCUCGCCGAGCUGGAGGCCGCCCGGGCGCGGCUGCAGCGGCUGCGGGACGCCUGGCAGGACGAGCUGCUGCGGCUGGGCCAGCGGCGGGCGCAGCUGCGGGAGCAGCUGGAGGCGGCGCGGGAGCGCACGCUGCAGUGGGAAUCCAAGUGGGUCCGGAUCCAGAACACGGCAGCCGAGAAGACCCUACUCCUGGGCCGCGCCAGGAUGGCGGCGCUGGACCUGUUCCAGCGAGUGUGCCAGCACCAGAGGCGGCCGCCCGCCCUGGACAUCGAGGACACCGAGGGGCAGCUGGAGCAGGUGAAGCUGUUCAUCUUAGGCCUCACAGCCACACUGGCCAGCCUGGCACACGUGGAGCCGCGGCCCCUGCCUGCUGGCCCUCACCCAGACCCUGGGAGGCAGAGCUGAGGGCUCCGGAGAUCGCCUCCUGCUGCCAAGCUGGGGGCCUGGAUGGAGUUCCCAGCUCUGCUAUGGCUCCAAGUGGAGCCGCCGCAGGCUCGGGGGGAGUGGAUCAGAGGACGGGACCUCCUGCCUCCCAAACAGCAGCAACCGAGACUUGUGGGGCUGUAAGGGCGCCAGCGCACGGCCAGCUCCAGAUGAGUGCUGGAAAUAAAGCAGAGUGAA